AUGGCCGUCGAUACGGCAAUUGUCGCAAAAGUUCCUGCGGGUGAAGCUAAGGUUAAUCACAUCUCAGGAGAGCUGCAGGUUUCCGGUAGCAAGGGAGUGAAAGACGCUGUGGCCACCGGUGAGCGCAAAUCGGAAGGAGGCAAGGAAUCAAAGGCAAAGAGUGCAGGUGCUGCGGAAGAGAAAAAAGAUUCACAGACAAGAGGGAGCACCCAUGCGAAAGAUGCUAAGUCGGAACAAAAGAUGGAACCCGGUGAAAGCGGUGAAGAAGAAGCCCCACUCGAUUUAGCUUCUUUCGCACGAUAUGAACAUGGUGAAGUCGCGAAACUAACUGCCGUACAGCAACGCAGAUAUGAGCAGUACAGGAGAAGUGAUUUGAAGAAUCCUAAGGUGAAGAAAGUCCUCGUUAGCUACAACCCUACUUUGCAGAAAGCCUCCGAUCUUUAUAUUAUAGCUGUGAAGGGUUUGGCGAAAUUGUUUGUUGGUGACGUCGUUGAAACUGCCCUCGACGUCAAAAAUCAAAUGGGAGACAAGGGAGCCUUGCAGCCAAAACACUUGCGUGAGGCGUACCGAAGACUACGACGGUCUGGAGUUGUCCCCUCGACUAACGAUAGAUCUGCUUCAUUUUCUUGA